AUGUUCAGCAAGCUGAGGAAACUCAUGAAGGGUCCUACCGUGGGUCCCACCCCAACCUCCGGCUCUGCUUCAGCCCCUUCUCCUCCUCCAGCAUCUGCCAAGGAAGAAAAAGCUGCAGACAAGGAAAACGGAGACAAGAAAGAUGAUAAAGCCCCUACGGCAGCACCAGCACCGGUACCAGAACCAUCCCCGAAACCGGAGGAGAAGCCUGCAGACAAUGUCCAACCACCUGCUGAGGGAGAAGAAGCACCUCCUCCACUUGUCCGGGCCAUCGUGACAAACAAGCAUUCAGAUGAUAUACUCAUUGAGAUUGUUAAACGCUUACGGGAACGGACUGAAAUGUUCAAGGAGAAGGUCAUUGAUCCCUAUGCGUCCUCUCCAGAGCGAAGCCCACCAGUCACACCUGUCCUGAGGAAACAAGAUUACCUGAAGAGAGAGGAGGAGAGGAAACGAAAAGAAGAAGAAGAGAAGAAAAGAAAAGAGGAGGAGGACAGAAAGAAGAAAGAGGAAGAGGAAAGAAAAAAGAAAGAGGAAGAGGAAAGAAAGAAGAAAGAGGAAGAGGAAAGAAAAAAGAAAGAGGAAGAGGACAAAACAAAAGAGGAGGAUGUUAAGGACGCAAAGAAGCCAGAAGAAAAGAAGGACGAGAAAAAAGAUGAAACAACCACAGAGAAGAAGUCCAUGUGUCCAAAGAUGCACUGCACCUGUCUAGAUUUCCUGUUGAAGCCCAUUGAGGACAAAAUGGACAAAAAGCUGGGCUCAUCCAUCGACCCCUUUACAGACCGCAGGUAUAUCGCUUGGCUAAGCGUGGUAACUAUUGCCUUCAACUAUAACCUAUGGUACAUACCAGUUCGUAUGGCUUUCCCGUAUCAUAACCCAGAGACCAUUCCAUUGUGGAUAACCUUGGACCUCAUGGCUGACUGCGUUUAUAUCAUUGACAUGAUCGUUUUCCAACCGCGACUGCAGUUCUGCAAGGGUGGAGACAUCAUUUAUGACAGAGUUGUAAUUAAGAAGAAAUACCGGGAAUCUGGGAGGUUUCAGAGUGAUGUUCUGUCAGUUCUUCCUCUGGACUUGUUAUAUUUCCUGUUUGGAUUCAAGUCCGUCUUCAGGAUCAAUCGCAUAAUGAAGUUCGAGGCAUUUUUUGAGUUCAGUGAUCGUCUGGAAGGUAUUUUGACAAGAGCGUACAUCUGGAGAGUAAUUCGUACCAUUGGAUACCUGAUGUUCAUGCUUCACCUCAAUGCCUGUAUGUACUACGUUGCAUCUGACUACCAGGGCAUCGGAAAGACCAAAUGGGUGUACAGCGGCCAGGGCAGCGCGUAUUUACGCUGUUAUUAUUUUGCUGUGCGGACCCUGAUCAACAUCGGUGGUCUACCCGAGCCUCACACAGUGUUUGAAAUCACGUUUCAGUUAACAAACUUUUUCAUUGGUGUCUUUGUCUUCUCAAGUUUAAUUGGACAGAUGAGAGAUGUCAUUGGCGCUGCUACUGCAGGGCAAACCUACUUCCGUGCAUCCAUGGAUGGUUGUGUGGCUUACAUGGUGACAAACCGCAUACCAAAACUGGUGCAGACCAGAGUUCGCACCUGGUACAACUACACCUGGUACUCUCAGGGCAUGCUGGAUGAGUCUGAGCUUUUGGAACAGAUGCCAUUGGUAAUGAGAACGGCCAUCGCUGUGGACAUCAAUCUUGCUACGUUCCAGAAGAUUGACCUCUUCAAGGGAUGUGACAAUCAGAUGCUUGUGGAUAUGCUACUGAGACUAAAGUCAAUUGUGUAUUUGCCUGGAGACUUUGUGUGUAAGAAGGGGGAUAUUGGGAAAGAAAUGUACAUCAUUAAAGCUGGAGAGGUACAAGUCAUCGGUGGACCGGACAAUAAGAUUGUCUUUGUUACUCUUAAGGCGGGAUGUGUGUUCGGAGAGAUCAGUCUUCUCCAGUCUUCUGCCAAUGGAGGAAACAGGAGGACGGCUAAUGUAGCUGCUCACGGGUUUGCCAACCUCUUUGUGUUGGACAAGAAAGACCUCAACGAUAUCUUGAUUCACUAUCCUGAAUCGCAGAAAGUUCUUGCCAGGAAGGGACGGAAACUGAUGAAAGCCAAGGGUCCGGCUGCGGCCAAAGUCGAUGAGGAGAAGAAGAAGGGCUUGGCUCUGUUUGGACCCAAACCACCCACUCCCAAACUUCUUCGUGCCUUUGGAGGAGGUGGAGGUGCUUUCAUUAAGAAAGGCUUUCUGGACAAACUUAGGAGUGCUGCUACCACAGAUCGUCAAUAAUUCCACCAACAUAGCUAUCAUAUAUAUUUGUUAGUAUUUAUUAUCUUUUGAACUAAUCUACAUUCAUAUAUAUUUAUUAUAUGUUUUAACGUAUUAAGUGUAUUA